AUGGCUGGAGCUAUCGCUCAGUCGUCGCUCGUCUCCGCGAGCGUGGUCCUUCAUGGUGGUAACAAGUCUAACCGUCGGUCGCGGCGCUCGUCGUCAACUGUCGCCAGCGUCGCAGCUCCUCGUUCGCUUCAAUCCUUCUCGGGACUGAGGCGUCCCGGCCAAGCUGACGUGGCACUCAGGGGCUCUCCGUCGUUGGCAGCGAUAGUCGCGAAGCAGACUAAAGCCGGCUCGUCUGGCGCCGCCAAACGCGGCGUGGCUGUCGCCAUGUUCGAGCGCUUCACAGAGAAGGCCAUAAAGGUGAUCAUGCUCGCGCAGGAGGAGGCGCGUCGCCUGGGCCACAACUUCGUGGGCACGGAGCAGAUCCUCCUGGGGCUCAUCGGCGAGGGCACGGGGAUCGCCGCCAAGGUGCUCAAGUCGCUGGGCGUGAAUCUCAAGGAGGCGCGCGUGGAGGUGGAGAAGAUCAUCGGCCGUGGCUCGGGCUUUGUAGCCGUUGAGAUCCCGUUCACGCCAAGGGCGAAGCGCGUGCUGGAGCUGGCGCUGGAGGAGGCGCGGCAGCUGGGCCACAAUUACAUCGGCACGGAGCAUCUGCUGCUGGGCCUGCUCCGCGAGGGCGAGGGGGUGUCUGCGCGCGUGCUUGAGAAUCUCGGCGCCGACCCUGGGAACAUACGCUCGCAGGUAAUCCGCAUGGUGGGUGAGAGCGCGGAGGCGGUGGGUGCCGGCGUGGGUGGCGGCAGCAAUGGCAACUCCAAAAUGCCCACUCUUGAGGAGUUUGGCACCAACCUCACCAAGCUCGCUGAGGAGGGCAAGCUAGACCCGGUGGUGGGCCGAGUGGCGCAGAUCGAGCGAGUCACCCAAAUCCUGGGUCGCCGCACCAAGAACAACCCCUGCCUCAUUGGCGAGCCGGGCGUGGGCAAGACUGCCAUUGCUGAGGGCCUCGCACAGAGAAUUGCUUCUGGAGACGUGCCUGAGACGCUGGAGGGGAAGAAGCCGGGCGUGGGCAAGACUGCUAUUGCUGAGGGCCUCGCACAGAGAAUUGCUUCUGGAGACGUGCCUGAGACGCUGGAGGGGAAGAAGGUGGUCACGCUAGACAUGGGUCUACUGGUGGCAGGGACCAAGUACCGGGGCGAGUUCGAGGAGCGUCUAAAAAAGCUAAUGGACGAGAUAAAGAAGGCGGACGACAUCAUCCUUUUCAUCGAUGAAGUUCACACGCUCAUCGGCGCCGGCGCCGCCGAGGGCGCGAUCGACGCGGCCAACAUCUUAAAGCCCGCCAUGGCGCGCGGCGAGCUGCAGUGCAUCGGUGCGACAACGAUCGACGAGUACAGGAAGCACAUUGAGAAGGACCCGGCGUUGGAGCGGCGGUUUCAGCCGGUGCAGGUGCCGGAGCCGACCGUGGAGGAGACGAUUCUCAUUCUCAAGGGGCUGAGGGAGCGGUAUGAGAUUCACCACAAGCUCAAAUAUACUGAUGAGGCGCUGGCUGCUGCCGCCCAGCUCUCCUACCAGUACAUCAGUGACCGUUUUUUGCCAGACAAAGCCAUUGAUCUGAUUGAUGAAGCGGGCUCGCGUGUGAGACUGCAGCACGCGCAGCUACCAGAGGAGGCCAAGGAGCUGGACAAGCAGCUGCGGCAGAUCACUAAGGAGAAGAACAAGGCCGUGCGCAACCAGGACUUUGAAAAGGCCGGCGAGCUGCGCGACCAAGAAAUGGACCUGAAGACGCAGAUCAACGCGAUCAUGGAGAAGAGCAAGGAGACGAACAAAGCAGAGAUUGAGGCUUCGGGCGGCGCGAUUGGCCCGAUGGUCACCGAAGCAGAUAUCCAUAAUAUUGUCUCCGCGUGGACGGGUAUUCCGGUGGAGAAGGUUUCGAGCGAUGAGAGUAAUAGACUGCUGCAGAUGGAGGGGACGCUGCACAAGCGGGUGAUUGGCCAGGACGAGGCCGUGAAGGCGAUCUCCCGCGCGAUCCGGCGCGCUCGCGUCGGGCUGAAGAAUCCCAACCGUCCGAUUGCGAGUUUCAUCUUUUCCGGGCCGACGGGAGUGGGGAAAUCUGAGCUGGCAAAGACCCUCGCGGCGUAUUAUUUCGGGUCGGAGGAGGCUAUGGUUCGGUUGGAUAUGUCUGAGUUCAUGGAGAGGCAUACGGUCUCGAAGCUGAUUGGCUCGCCGCCCGGUUACGUGGGGUACAGUGAGGGCGGGCAGCUGACGGAGGCGGUGCGAAGGCGGCCGUACACGGUGGUGCUGUUUGACGAGAUUGAGAAGGCUCACCCUGAUGUCUUCAACAUGAUGCUGCAGAUUCUGGAGGAUGGCCGGUUGACAGACAGCAAGGGGCGGACCGUUGACUUCAAGAACACCCUUCUCAUCAUGACCUCCAAUGUGGGCUCGUCAGUGAUCGAGAAGGGCGGCGGAGGCAUCGGCUUUCAGCUGGACUAUGGCGAGAAGGACACCAGCUACAACCGAAUCAAAUCGCUCGUGAACGAGGAGCUGAAGCAGUACUUCAGGCCGGAGUUUCUGAACCGGCUGGACGAGAUCAUCGUGUUUAGGCAGCUGACGAAGCAGGAGGUGAAGGAGAUCAGCGAUAUCAUGCUCACAGAGGUGUUUGACCGGCUCAAGAAGAAGGAUAUCGACCUGCAGGUGACUGAGCGGUUCAGGGAUCGAGUGGUGGAUGAGGGUUACAGCCCUUCCUAUGGCGCCCGCCCCCUACGCCGAGCCAUCAUGCGACUGCUGGAGGACAGCAUGGCGGAGCGCAUGCUAUCAGGGGAGAUCAAGGAGGGCGACAGUGCUAUUAUCGAUGUGGAUGCUGAUGGGAAUGUGACUGUGCUGAAUGGCAGCACUGGCACUGCUACCUCCACGGUUAUUGAAGCCCCUGCUGGGAUCUCUUAA